UUUCAGAGAGAUGUGAAAUGUGCCAAAAACGUUCAACUUAGUUCCCGUAACACUUAGUACAAUAUUUAAUAGAAGAGAAGAGAGCCAUGUACCUGAAACUAGUAAACCUUAUCUUAAUCUCCGCUGCUCAAGUGUCAUCCUUCCAAUCUCACUCAGAAUCACAUGAACUGCAGAUAGCCCAGGGUAAACUGCAGUACGAUGUUAUCUCUGUGGAUGCGCAAAUGCCACGCUAUGGAACGUGCUGGAAGAACGCGCUGACCAGCCUUAAUAAUGGCUGUAAGAGAUUGGACGAUGACAUACAGAGCCGUCUAGCGUUGAACUUUGCCAACUGUUUCUUGGAGAAGGCUGGUUUGGAGACUUAUCCAUGCGAGAAGACGGAUACAAUCUCAACCUGCUUAAAGGGAAUUGAUAAUAAUGCGUUCACAACCUUCUCCAAUUUCUUCACACACACUCAAAACAUGUGCUAUUUCUUACAAUCACAGGUUUGGAAAGAGGAAACGGAUAAAACUGUUGAAAGGUUAGCUGAAAACUCUGCCAAGGUUAGCCGCGGGCUGGAAAUAUCUCACAAGCUGCAGUCUGAUAUCUUGGAGGGUCAGCAGGUUACACUGGAGUACCACAAGCAGCUGGUGGAGAACGGAACCUAUCUCAGCCAGGCCAUAGAGGCCAGCAAGGAUAAUGUUAAGGAGAUGUUGAUCCAGUUCAAGACGAGUACAGACGAGCAGAAGAACCUGAUAUUUGAGGUGUUUGACCGAGUGUCGAGGUUACAGAAUCUAGUGGUCUCCGAGGUUAACUGGUUGUAUACAGUUGUGUUCUACGGUGCAUGUCUGGUUGUUAUAUAUAUUGUGACAGCUACCAAAAGGACUGCAGACGCUAGGAUUAUUCUCUUUAUUAUCCUCAGUAUUAAUCUUUGUAUGGAGAGAAUAGUUUGCAACUACAGUCUUCCAACAGAUCACACCAAGGUAGUGAACGAGCUAUCUGAGACUGUUUAUGAUAGGAUAUGGUUAGUUCGACAGAUCGCUAUAGGGGUUUGUAUCCUGGUACUCGCUAUCUAUGGUAUGAAGUACAGGGACUACAAUAUCAUCAAUAACUCUCUUCUUCUGGAGAUCAAGAAACAGAAUCUGGAACUUAAACGUUCAAUGGAGAUGUUUCAGGUUGGAAACAGAAGUAUGCGAGAUUUCCCUCAGGAUGUUAUCGACGGAAUUAGUUCAUCACUACAUCCAACCUGGGCCUCUAUGAUGGCGGAGGAUACAGGGUUCCAAGGGGACGAGGACGAGUACUCAGACGAGGACAGUGAUAGUUUCAACUCCACCAGGACGGAUACAACCUUUGAUCCGUCCCGAUGGUCUGAUGAUGAGUUUGAAACAGCGGAAAAUAGUCGGGAGAACUCGGGGAAUAUUACACCAACAAAUCAGGAAAUAGAUUCUUCUCUCGAGGCUUUAUCUGGUCGUGUUCUAACCUCUGUAGAGAACUAUCCGUCUAUCCUGGACUGCUCAGGGCAUUCCGUUAAACCAGUCACUCAACCAUUCCUUACUCCAAGAAUAAAACGACCCCGAACUCCCCAGAGCAAAACCUCUACACCUACUCCGGACAGGGAGAGAUACAACCUGAGAUCCAGAACUCCGUCCUCUGGGAAUCUAAACUCGAAGAUAAAUGAAGAAACUGAGGAAGACUUCGCGCUUCUGGUUCGAAAACAGCUGGGGACUUCCAAGAGAAACUUUGCAAAAUGGCAGCUAGCUCUAAAGAAACAAAAUCAAGAUUUCUCAUCCGAUGAGAGUUAAAAUUAUUUAUGUUUAAUUUCAAAUUAUUUUAGUUUUUUGCUUAUUAAACCAUCUUUCAUUCAUCAAUACUCGUACCUGUCAAUUAAAUAGUUUUUCGUCUUUCAGUUUUUAACAAUAUUACGCUUACAUGAAAUUAUCUUAAAUGAACACAUUUUUUAUAAAUAGACUUAAUUCAGAAAACGUUUGCACAUUGCAAAUAUGGUAUUAUUAGUUUUAUUGUUUCGUA